UCCUACUUCCUAGCUCUCCUAUCUCAACCCCUCACCCUCCCCCAACUCAAAUCCAUCCACGCACAAAUCUUAAAGCACAACCUCCACCGCAAUGUUAACCUCACCCUCCGCCUGCGCUCCCUCUACCCAUCUUCCCCCUCUUUCUCUCUCCUCUCCUCUCUCCUUCAAACCCCUAACAAUGUCCUCACUUUCAACCUCCUCAUCAAAUACUUUGCAUCAACUGACCCAUUUCUUGCCCUCCACCUGUUCGACAAAAUGCUCCGCUCAAACUUAAUACCCGAUAAAUUCACCCUUCCUUCUAUUCUCAAUGCCUGUGCUUACCUCUCUUCCCUCUCCUUAGUCCUCUCAAUUCAUGCCUUCGCCAUCAAAACCCAACUCUCUUUUGACCCAUUCGUCGUCUCUGCGCUUAUUGAUGCAUACUGUAAAUGUGGGCAUAUUGAUUGUGUACUCCGAUUGCUCGAAGAAUUUCCUAACCCGGACUUGCCCAUUUAUAAUGCUGCGAUCACGGGGUUGUCGAAGCAGGAGGAGUAUGAAUCAGCUUUACAGGUUUUUCACGGGAUGAGGGUUGAGGGUUUGGAUUCAAAUAGGACUACGCUUUCAGGUGUUAUUAUGGCUUGUGGGCGGUUGGUUGAUGAGAAAUUUGGAAGGGCAAUUCAUGGGCAUGUUGUUAAGGCGGGUGAGGAGGUGAGAGGUGAUGUGUCAGUGAAUUCUGCGCUUGUGUUUAUGUACCCAAGGUUUGGCGACCUGGACUCUGCUGAGCUCAUUUUCCGGUCCAUGCCUGACCGUAACGUUGUUUCUUGGAAUGCCAUGAUAAAUGCACAUGCUCAGGCCGGUAACAUAAAGGAAGCAUGGGAUUUGUUCUCUCAGAUGCUCACGGAAGGGUCUGAGGCUAGUGAUGUGACCUUUACAUGUAUGAUCUCUGCAUCUUAUGAAUUGAAACAAGGGAGAAUGAUGCAUGGGUUUGUGAUUAAAGCUGGGUCAGUUAAUAAUGAGAUCAUCGGAGCUACACUAAUUAACAUGUACAUAAGAUUGAAUAGUUUGGUUGAUGCCCAGAAGUUAUUUGAUGAGAUGCCAAGAAGUGAGAUGGGCUCAUGGAAUUCUUUGAUACUGGGCUAUUCAAGAAACGGGCAUCCAAGAGAAGCAUUGAAUCUCUUUUAUAGGCUAAGAGACUCUAAGAACCUUCUAGCAAACUCAAUCACCUUAGCUGGAGCUUUGAGCGCAUGUGCUUCACUUGGUGUGAUCGAAGAGGGAAAAGCAAUUCAUGAGUACAUUAUGAAUAUUGGGAUGAAGAUGGAUCUAAUCAUCAAUACUUCAUUAGUUAAUAUGUACUGUAAGUGUGGAAGCUUGGAGACUGCUAGAGAGGUCUUUGAAAGUAUGAGAGACAAGGAUCUUGUGGCUUGGCGUGUUAUGAUUUCCGGAUAUGUAUUUAAUGGGCAAGUCAAAGAGGCAAUGGAGCUGUUUGAUAGAAUGAAGACGGUUAAUAACCUAAAACUAAACAAUGUGACAUUCACGUCGCUUCUCUCUGCCUUAAGCCAUGUUGCAUUGCUAGAAGAGGUUGGGAGUCUUGAAUCUGUUAUUGCACAAUGAAAUGGGCCUUGGCCCUAAAAAUAUGAGAAUUAUGGUUUUACUGUCAUAUGAUUAGGCUUUUGAGAGAGGCACCGAGAAACCUGGACUUUCAUCAAGGAGAUGCUUAGUGAGCUGCAUAUCUCACUGUGAGGUGCGCAGCUUAGCAAUUGAAAAGUUUUAAGCAUAUGGAGUUGAACUUGGACAUCUAUGAUGCAGGGAAGCUCUUUGGAUGGAAUGCCAAAUGAAUUUUGCUCCAUGAUUUGGAUGAUGAGGUGGAUGACAAUGCUAAGCAGCCACCAUGAACAGUCAGCCAUUGUCUUUGCCUUGAUGCACAUACUAGGCAUGGUGAAGUUAUCAGAAUCUCCAGGAACUGUCAUGUCUUUGUAGCUUAC